UUCUCCUCCAUUUUCAUUUUUCCCCUUUCGAAUUUGCGUUUCGUUUCGUGUGCUUCACAACUUCAUCUCUCUCUCUCUCACAGAUUGCGUCAUCAAUUGAAACCCUUUACGAAAAAAAAAGUUUCAGUUUUUAUUUGGUUUCUUACAAACCCAUCUAACCAAAUCCUCGAUCGGAUUACUACUAUGUCAAUCAAUUGCUAAAGAGAGCUUUUUUUCUUCUUCUUCUUCUUCUUCACAGUCCGUUUGAUUUUCCGGUGUAACCAAACCCCGCCAUGGCCGCGGCUUUAAGGUCGAAUACGUCAAGAGAAACCGCUUCUCUCACUCUUUCUCAGUUUAGAUACUUCUUCUUCAACCGUAUCCACACCGCUAGAACCGCCACGAGUCCUCACUGCAAUCACCGUUCUAAAAAAGCCGAUGACCCAUCGAACAACAAAUCCCCUGGUAAAAUCUCCUCGCUUGGAACGAGUUUCUUGGAUCAUCGAGGAGGGGAGAGACGUAAUUCGAGUAGAGGCUAUGCUACUAACUGUGCCCAGAAGGUGAACGGUGUUGGUUCUUCUGUUAUUCUGAGCUCUCAAGGAGACCCACCGGAUCUGUGGCAGCCUCCGGGUGAUGGUGUUUCCGUUAGGGUUAAUGGGUCGAGUGUAAAUCUCGGCCGUGGUGGCGGUGGAGGUAGUCCUGGUGGUCCUGGUAACGGAGCUGGCUCGAAUUCGAAAGAAGAUUCUUGGGGUGGAUCCAAUCUUGGCUCUGAUUUUCCUACACCCAAGGAGAUUUGUAAAGGUUUGAACAAGUUCGUGAUUGGUCAGGAAAGAGCUAAAAAGGUGCUUUCAGUUGCAGUUUACAAUCACUACAAGAGGAUUUAUCACGAAUCAUCACAGAAACGGUCUUCAGGGGAAACAGAGAGCACUGCAGCGAAACCAGCAGAUGAUGAUAUGGUAGAACUGGAGAAAAGUAACAUUCUCCUGAUGGGACCAACUGGAUCAGGGAAGACACUACUUGCGAAAACCUUGGCACGGUUUGUGAAUGUUCCAUUUGUCAUUGCGGAUGCGACCACACUGACUCAGGCUGGUUAUGUGGGAGAGGACGUCGAGUCUAUAUUAUACAAACUUCUCACAGUUGCAGAUUAUAAUGUUGCAGCUGCACAACAGGGGAUUGUUUACAUUGAUGAAGUUGAUAAGAUCACAAAGAAGGCAGAAAGCCUUAACAUCAGCAGAGAUGUAUCAGGAGAAGGUGUUCAACAAGCAUUGCUAAAAAUGCUGGAAGGAACGAUUGUAAAUGUACCUGAGAAGGGCGCUAGGAAGCACCCUAGAGGCGACAAUAUCCAGAUAGACACAAAGGACAUUCUUUUCAUAUGUGGUGGUGCCUUUGUAGACAUCGAGAAGACAAUCUCAGAGAGACGCCAUGAUUCUUCAAUAGGGUUUGGUGCUCCUGUACGUGCUAACAUGAGGGCUGGUGGUGUUACAAAUGCUGCUGUUGCAUCGAAUCUAAUGGAAACUGUGGAGAGCAGUGACCUGAUUGCUUACGGUUUAAUACCUGAAUUUGUUGGAAGAUUUCCAGUUCUCGUCAGUUUGUCUGCUUUGACUGAGAACCAACUUAUGCAGGUGUUGACAGAACCCAAGAAUGCUCUUGGAAAGCAAUACAAAAAGAUGUACCAGAUGAAUAGUGUAAAGCUGCAUUUCACGGAAAGCGCACUGCGGCUAAUAGCUCAAAAAGCAAUAACAAAAAACACUGGAGCUCGUGGCUUAAGAGCUCUUCUAGAAAGCAUCCUCAUGGACUCUAUGUACGAGAUUCCGGACGAGGGUACAGACAGCGACAUGAUAGAGGCAGUUGUGGUGGAUGAAGAAGCAGUUGAAGGAGAAGGACGAAGAGGCUCUGGAGCUAAGAUACUCCGUGGUAAAGGAGCAUUGGGUCGGUAUCUCUCUGAAACCAACUCCAAGGAUUCUCCUCAGACGACCAAGGAGGGAUCGGAUGGAGAAAUUGAGGUGGAGGCAGAGAUUCCAUCUGUUGUAGCAAGUAUGUAAUGUAACGUUCGAUGAUCAUACACCACCAUCAUCAUCAUCCAGAACAUCUGGUGAAAUGUAUCUCUCUGUAUGCUUAACUUUAUCUUUCUCUGUACAUAAAUGAAGUUGGAUAAGAAAACAAUGAAUAGAACACAAGGAUGGCACAAUUUGCAUAUUGAUAAAAAUGAUGAUGUAACUUUAUGCAAUGCCCACGUCUUUUCAUUAAUAUAUGCAAUGCCAAAAUUCAAGGCUCUUCUCGAA